AUGGGUUCACGAAAAUCAAACUCGCAUCCAUUGAUCCAAAACAAGCAACACCAUCAACGAAACAUGACCAAUGCCAUCAUGAACACAUCAAUGGUAUGCUUGAUCUUGCUUGCAUUUUCAUGCGUAGCUUUUGCGGAUGUAUCGCCAUUCUACAAAGUUAACACAAACGUCAAGGGACAGGAGUCCAAUGAACGACGAUUGAGAGAUAUUCAUGGAUCGCAAGAACAAGAUUCCAUCAGGGCUUCUAUCCUCAAUGCCCGAAGGUUGCAAGCCAUACAUGUCCCUGGAGGCCGAGCAGUUGUUGUUACAAGCAAGGGAAAGCCCCAUCUUGGAGAGAUGGGAAAAGGAAAGGGAGGCUUCAAAUACAAGGAUCGUUCGACUAGCAGCAGUAGCAGCAGUAAGAAGAGCAGCAAGAGCUCAAAGAAAGGAAAGGGUGGAAAAGGAAAAGGUGGAAAGGGAAAAGGUGGAGUUAUCCACAACCCCAUUCCUACACACCCUGUUCCUACCGGUACACACCCCGUUACCGCUCCUCCACUCACAAGCCCCACCAUGGCCCCCACCAUGGCCCCAGUUGAUGCCAUCAGUGGUGACAUCCCAAACGAAGUCAUCAGUGGUGACACCCCAAACGAUGUCAUCAGUGGUGAUAUCCCAAACAAUGUCAUCAGUGGUGACACCCCAAACGACGCUAUCAGUGGCGACACCCCAAACGACGCUAUUAGUGGUGAUACACCCAAUGCCGCUAUUAGCGGUGACACCCCGAACGACGCUAUUAGUGGUGACACCCCAAAUGACGCUAUUAGUGGCGAUGAUCCAGUCAAUGGCGAUCCUGUCAGUGGUGAUGAUGUCAGUGGCGAUACUGGUUCCUCGGGGCAACUCGUCUUGAAUUUCAUCAUGGAAAGUACAGAGGUCAAUAGUCUUGAUGACCAAGCCAACUUCCAACUUACGACUACGCUAACCUUGAAUGGCGACCUUUUCGAUCUCAUCGAGGAGGACGAUGGAACAUUUUCAAGAGGAAGCGCAAAUCUUGGAGACUUCAGAGGUGUCUGCACAAUUACAGGAGUAGAACACUACCUUUGCAGUUACGAACUUUACUUCCGAACCAGAGGUUCAGUUGGUGCUGGAGGUAUGGCUAUCAAGGGACCAGUCUCUGCUGCGGAAAGUGUAGCAGUCGUGACUGGUACAUCUUUUGACUACUCGAUUUACGAUACUGGAUCUGUGACUUUGUUCCAAGAUCCAAACAACAGAUGGCUCAUUGCUCGCACAGAGCUAUUCUUGCAAAACUCAUAA